AUGUCGGUUUUCCGGUAAUUAACGUAAAUAAGCGUUUUCGCGUGCUUUCUACAACGUGCUGUGAUUAUUAUGUGAUAUAAAUUGAAUUUUCACGGCGACGGGAGUUCCAACAAUGUUCGCCAGCGUGUUUGACGUUUUUGUUGUGUGAUUAUUUUAAAGGGAAUAUCAUUUUUGUGGCAGCAUGCAAACUGCCAUUUCUUGAAAUGUAUCCUGAGCGGUUAAGUGAGGACGAAACUUUCGUUGAGUUGUUUCAAAAAGAGCACAACGAGCAGUUUUUCGUGCUCGUUAAGAUGCACUUGUCUUUUUUACUACAUAUGACUACAGAAGAAAGCGACUGCUUCUACGAGAAGGUGAAAUUGAAAAAGUGGAACGUUCCCUUUGCGAAAAAGUCGAAACGCAACCUCACUGAAGGGCUUCAGCUCUCUGGGGUUCAAUCGCGGCAAAUGGAUCAGAUAAUACAAUACUUGAUGCUUGAAGAAAAUUUGAAGAGCGAUGGAAUCUUUCGACGCACCGGCUCGUUGGAACGGCAAAACGACCUCAAAAAUCUCCUCGCGCUGGGCGAAACCGUCGACUUUUCGAACACGAAUUUUAGCGUGCACGAUUGCGCGUCCGUGUUAAAAUCGUACCUCGCGGAACUGCCCGAACCGCUUCUGACCGACAUACAUUACCCCCUCUACUGUCAAAUCGGCACCGAUCUCGCGCACGAAUCGAAAAUUCUCGAGACCGUUCAACUGUUAUUCCUAUUGUUGCCCAAAGAGAACAGGGAGCUGUUGCGCGACGUGCUCGACUUGCUGCGCGGCGUCGCGACGCACGAAACGCACAACCGUAUGUCGGCCGAGAAUUUGGCGAAACUAUUCGCGCCGCACCUUCUCUGUCCGCGCAAACUCGCGCCCGAGACGCUGCUAAGAGACUCGCCGACGCUGUUCGGCGUCGUAGCGUUCAUGAUUAAAAAUUUCCCGGCCGUGUUCGAGGUGCCGUCCCGCUUAAUGUUGGAUUUGCGCGCGCACCGCGAACGCGCCGGCGCCCUGAACGAAUCGGCGAAAGGGGCGGCGCAUACGGUCUUCACAUUCGUCGACAACAAACUGACGGCGAAGGAGAACGAAGAGAACCCGACGGAAACGGCGCUCGCGCAGCUGUACGCCCACAUACAGUCGUUGCCGGAGUCGUCGAAGAAGCGCAAACUCAUCAAGCAGUUUAACAAGGAGAACGGACAAGGCACGCCCCUUCAGGUGGUCAGGAGCGGCGUCGGCGCACCGAAGAGUAAGAGCAUCGGCGACUCGAUCAAGAAGCACAUGUUCCAUCGGAAACUGAUGCGGAACGUAAGGCGUGGCCCCGCCCACCUGAAGAAGUCUACCAGCGAGGAGGUGCUGCACAGCCCCCACCACCACGGUAAAACGACGCCGUCCGGACGGCGUCUGUUUUGUCAUAAUCCCGACUCUAGCGUCGAGGACGAAGUCGUCGAAUGCGCCGCAACGAGGGAGACCCUGAGGCGGAGCAAAUCCGACCCCAACGUGAGCGACGGCACGCGGCCGUCGGGUCCGCGAUACUUGACUAGCACUCCCGCGUGCCCCGCCCCCGACGACUUUGCCACGCCCAAAGGCGAGGACCGCGACUCGAUGUCCCCGAUAACUAGGUCGGCGCAGCGCAUGCCCCGCGCCAUGCAGGAAACUAUGAUGACGCCGCGGAGCAGGAAGCCGGUCCUCUUGGUGUCGGGCACGAACAUCACUAGUUUAGCGCGGCCGCAGCAGCAGCAGCACCACCACCAUCACCACGGUAUACAGGAGUCGGUCGAAGAAAACGUCGAACUCGAAAAAUCGAGCGGGCCCCCCGAAAAAAUCCCCCGCCUCGACGAAGACGCCGAUACAUCCGCGAGUUCUUUAACGAAAACGUUUCGCGAGUAUUUGAGUGCGAGGGACAUCAUGACGUUGUCGUCGACGCCCGUAGAUUCUAGUUUUUCCACGUGCACGGAUGAUUUCAAUUCGUCGAAUUUUGCCGCCAGCAAAAUGAGCGAUUCCUUGGUUUACGUGUUGGACGGCAAUGACCCGGACGACGGGGAAACUUGCGGCAAAGAGCUGGUGCUUAAACCUAGACAGUUUGAUGAGGACGGGAAACCGAUCGUGUUUGAGACGUCUUUUUAAAUGCCGAAGGACUAAUUGAUUUUUCAAAACGUUCGAACUGAGACUUAGAAUAUAGUAUUAAUUCGGAGUGUGAACAAUAAUAGAUUUGAAAAAUAGAUAAUUAUUGUGUUAUUUUGGAAUACGUCUUAUAAGCCAGUAAUGAAACGCAAAUGUCAGGUGUGCAAAAACACCGAGUUGUAAUUUUCAAAUUGUUGGAACAAAAUAUUCAUG